AUGGCUAUAGAGCGGUCGCGCAACUCAUCAAGUCCUGCAUUAAUUUUCGAUAAUAUUAAUGGUGCUGAGGUGGAAACAGAUGAUACUUUGCCUAGUAGAUAUACGGGAUCGAAUAGUGGUAAUGAUAGCUGCAGAAUAGUGCAGGAAUCCAGAAAAUCAGAGGACAUAUCACUGAUUGAGCCUGUAGUUAGUCAAGCACUGAUACCGGUAACAGUUUCAGAAGCACAGUUUCAGAUGUCUACUGAAAAUCGAGAAGGACCUAUGCGCGUUAUUCAUUUUCAGGAAUCUGUUCAUGUAGACAUUUCAAAUUCGCCAAAGACAAUAUCAGAUUCAUCACAUAUUGAAAAAAGAGCUUGUCGAAUCUGUCAGUCAGAAACUGGUGAAAUGGUUCGCCCAUGUGCUUGUACUGGAACU